AUGGCCGACUCCACCAUCGAAUUCGAGCUCAUCCGGCUCUCAAAGCCCGGCAGCUCUUCCCUCUUCCUCGACGCCCAAGGCAAGAUCAAAGCCAACGCUCUGUUGCCGGCGACGAUUCGCUCUUUCCCCCUCGCCGUCCACUACCGCGAACAGCUGCUUGGGCGAACAGUGAUGCCCGACAUCACGCUGAGCACUGGCGGCGACACGGGCUUUGCGACCUCCGCGUUGAUGGAAAUCGCGGAUAUGAGCACCUUCAAUCAGUUUGGCCAGGAUAUGAUCCACGCCCAUUCCCUCUCGUGGCGGCUUUCAGGCUCAACGGUGGUCGGAGUGCUCGGGUUGUCAUACAGCAUCAAGUUCGACAAGGUGGUGGCCAUCCCAGUGGGCACCGUGACUUACCGAAGGACCUCUCUGCAAGCGUUUGACGGACUCAAGCACGUCAAUAUCGAAGCGUUCGAUCUGGCGUCGUCCAAUGAGACCAACAUCAACACGCGGCUCAACGUGAGCAUCUUCAACCCCUCGGUCAUCAGCAUAUUGCACAUGGACAUCAUGUACAAGGGGUCUCGCAUUGCCAUGGCCCAUACCACGGAGCGGGUGAACAUGGAUGUCGGCGCCAACUACCUUAUGAUGGAGGGCACCGUCUUGCCACAGAACAUCUCUCUCUUUGAGGAAGUGAUCGGAAACUACCUUAGGGGUCUUCCCUGCAACGUGACCGCCGUCGCUGGGAUGCAUUCCGGCCUCAUACUGGAGGCCAACUUCACGUCGAUGCAGCUGGUGCCGGUCAACAGCACAAGCGCGCUGCUAUCAGCCAACGUGUCGAUCGUUAUCGAUCCCCUGCUGGGCAACCGGAGCCUGCUCGAAGUGGAAAAGGUCGCGCUCGGUGUCGACCUCAUUUACGUGGUGGAAGAUGACGACGCCGGACCCAGCGGCGCUGCCCUGCUCUCUACUCAUCUGCGAGAAGCGAAGGACAGAGAGCUGGUCAUCGGGCACAUCCAAACGGACCAGGCUAUCGUCCCGACGGGGCAACAUGGGGCCAUAGUUAACAUCACUAUCGACCAUCAGUACCUGCAGAUCGAGGGAGACCAGAUCACCGCCAACUUCAUCGAGUUUGUGGUGGCGUUCAUUCAGAGGCCCCAGAGACGUUACCGUACAGUCAACCUGAAGCUUGUGGGUACGAGCGACGUGACUGUGAGGACGGUGGUCUGCAAGCUCGAGGCAUCCAGCGUUCCGGUCAAUAACAGCGUAGUAUUGCCCGGAUUGGACAACCUGCCCAACGUAACUGUGCUCAGCUUCGACGUGCCUCGGGACUCGCCCAAUGGCGGCAUGGAGCUGGCCAUCAACUUUACCCUGACCAACCCUUCCUUCGCUUCAUUCUAUCUGCCCGCCAUCAACUUUGGCAUGUUCUAUCGGGACACCUAUCUGGGCUAUCUCAAUGCUACUGGCGUGCAGCUCAACCCGGGUCUCAACCGCUACCGUUAUACUGGCCUAGUCAAGCCUGCCGAAAAAGACUUGGGCGUGACGAGCGAGUUCCUGUCCAACUACCUCACGGGUGAGGCCUCGUCAGUGGUCGUGAGGGGAUUGGAUGCCGGCAACAGUUCCAUCGGUUGGCUCCAGAAGGCGGCCACGGGCAUGGUCCUGUCUACAGACCUGCCUGGCAUAGCGAACAGCUCCGCGUUGAUUUCAAGCGUGGUCAUUCAGCAACUGGCGGUCAACUUCUCGCCCAACAUCAACGCCACCACCGUCAAUAUUUCGAUGACCGCUGGCUUCAACUCGCCUUUUGGAAUCAAAGAGAUGUCGCUGUACGCCGAAGUGCUGCACGGUGGUGCACUGAUAGGAGGCUUGACUGUGCCCAUGACUCCGAUUGAAGAUCAGUCGGGCAACUUGACGAUUGUGCUGACCCUGGCGCCUCUCAGGGUGAUGAAUGCCACGUUUGCUCACGAGCUGUUGAUCAACAACCGAACCGACCUGACACUGCGGGCCAGGCUGCUAGCGUCGGUGGUGUCCACCAGUAUAGGCGACCUCAACAUCAAGGGCGUACCCAUCCAAGACGCUAUCGAACUCAAGGGCGCGAACCAGUUCAAGGACUCGAUCACGAUCAACACAGUGGCCCUGCUAUCAGGCAGCCCCAAGGGCUUGACUAUCGGGUUCAACAUCACCGUUCAGAACCCACUACCCAACGUUGCCAUGAAUGCCGGCAACUUGUUUAUGAAGAUGCGAUACAAAAACGUGGUGAUUGCCGAGGCUGAAGUGGCGAAGUUCAAUCUGGGCCUCGGCACAACAACCCUCAGCGGAGAGGGUCUGUACACCCGCCCGAAAGGACCUGGCUCCGCCCUGGCCAUUGAGUUCAUCUCUGGAUUCAUCUCGGGGGCCAACUCCACCGUCACUCUCACGGACGGCGUGACCGACAUACCGGUGCUCGCCUACGCCCUGGGCGCCCUCAACAUCAGCACAGAAAUCCCGGGCAAUGCGUCUCCUCUCAUCCAGAAGGCGCAUAUCCUGGGUGUGUCGCUGUUCGCCCAGACUCUCGACGUCGUUUUCUUCGCCUACAACCCUUAUGAUGCCUACAUUGCCCUGGACUUCAUGAACUUCACGGUUUACUUGUCGGGCCGCAACACUGCGAUCGGCAAAAUGGCCCUGAACUUGACCGCCAUCGACAAGGUGAUCUACCUGCCCGGCCGUCACGCUGUGGCGUCGGCCCCUCUCACAGCGCAGAUUGGCAGCUUCGGCAGCGCACUGGAGACUCUGCUGGAGAUCCUGCUUCACGGCGGCAAAACCAACGUUGACAUCAAGGGCGAGGUCCACAUCCUGGUCUUCAACAACCACAAAUCAACACAGUCCUCCAGGACGGAGUCGUAUGGGCAGUCUCUGCGCUACGAACAGCAAAACAUCCCCGCCAUCCUGUUUGGCGACCACCGUCGGUGA